AACCUAAUUCCUGUCUCCCCACUAAUAUUUGUUUUCAUUUCUGCACUCGCGAGAAACGGACGUUGAAUCAUUGCUCGACUAAGCCUAGAUUAGUGAAUUCGCUAGCUCUAGAAUUUAUCCAGACGUGAGCAUCUUUGGAUAACCACGAUGCCUCAGCUAGGUGCUUUUGGGAGUGACCUCAAGUUAUUCUGUGUUAUUCAACUAUCAUUAUAAGCUCAGGACUGCCUGAGUAUUCGUCUAGUAAACUGGCAGUCCUUAAUGGAAAACUAAUGAAGUAUAACUGCACUAAACUCUGUAUUUAAACCAAGUUAGGAUUAUAUGUCUGUGGCUGUAGUGUUUAAGACUUCUCAUCAACAACUUCACCAAAAUCCAGCUAUUCAUAGUUAAUUUCUUUGUGGACUCAGUGAAAUAUUAAAACCGUCUUGAAAUUAUAUAUUUAAACAAAAAUGGAGAGCUUGAAGGAUGAUCACAGUGACCACAGUAACAUUAGUAGUGACCUGAACAGCGACGAUGAAGGGGAUCAUGUCAUGCUCUUCCCAAUCACAGACGUGGAUGUGGAUGCCUCUUGUGAGUCCCUGGCAGAUCAGCGGAGCUCUGUACAUCACAGAGAGCGACGUGAAAGUGAGGAUGAGCCGGUGAAAGCUUUUAUAACUCUCAGAGAAAGAAGGCUUUUGAAGGCAUACUCCAAUGUGUUGCCUGAUAGCAACUUGAAGCCUCUGGCCAUUUCUAAGGCAAGAGAGAUACAGUCUGCCACAAGUGUAACGGGUAUUAAACAGAAGACUCAGAUUAAGUUGAAACCCAAGUUUGAGAGAAUCAUGAAGAAGUUACGUAAAGGAGUUGACCAGUGGGAGAAGUAUCAUCUGGACGACAUUGACACUGAGCUGGCAAUCAGACAUCGUUAUAAUCCCCGCCGAAAGUCAUGGGCACAGGACCAUGUUCUAGUGAAGAUGGAAAAAAAGCCUUUUACCAGAGGGGCUAUGAGGCAGUGCUUCAGAGUGAAGAAGAAGCAUUCCUCUGUGUGCAACUCCACCUAUGGACUGGAUAAGAAUGCCAGUAAUUAUGUGGCCAAGAGUUACAUUGAGGUGGUAGACAGGGAUGUUUACUUUCAAGAUGUGAGGCUUCAAAUGGAUGCCAAGCUGUGGGGGGAAGAGUACAACAGACACAAUCCACCAAAAAAGGUGGAUAUCUUCCAGAUGUAUGUGUUGGAGUUUCCUGAUCGUCCUGGGAAGCCACUUUUCCAUUUAGAACAUUACAUAGAGGGGGAGUACAUCAAGUAUAAUUCUAACUCUGGCUUUGUGGAAGAGAAUCUUAGGCUUACACCACAGGCAUUCAGCCACUUCACCUUUGAGCGGUCUGGUCAUCAACUGAUAGUAGUGGACAUCCAAGGUGUUGGAGACUUGUACACUGACCCACAGAUACACACAGCCAAUGGCAAGGACUACAAUGAGGGAAAUCUGGGCCCCAAAGGGAUGGCCCUGUUUUUUCAUUCUCACAUCUGUAACUCCAUCUGUGAAAGUUUAGAUCUCAGCUCAUUUGAUCUCUCGUCCUCAGAGAUUGCCACUUGCAAGGAUUUUAUUGAAAAACAGAAAUUUAACCAGUUGACUCAACUGCGUGGCAGUGAUGACUCGUGUAUCUCUGCAUCUCCAAUGGACACAUUUGACUUGACCGAAAUUCUUGGUAGACAGCGUUCAUCAGAAUCAACAACCUCGGCUGAUGAUGAUUCCUCUGCACCUCUGAGCCCCAGCAGUGAAGAUGAACCAAUGUCUGUUGACAGCCCACUUGGACACAUCAGAACUAGAAUCCGCUGGCAGAGUGAGUCUGAGCAAGAAUCUCUCACCGCUGAAGAAGAGAAAAGAGCUUUCAGUGAAGCUCAAGCAUUGAGGACACGACCAUCGUGUGUUUCUCAUGAGCUAGACUUGAGAAGAUUAGCCAAUAGCAUUCGUAUUGGGGAUUCUGUUCUUGGACAGAUCCAUCAUGAAAUGGCCAAGUAUCAUGAAAUUGGGCGUUUCUCUCUUCAAGAGGAUGUGAUUGACUGGGAAUCAGCUCUUUACCAUGAGGAGCAUGCUGCACAGCUGGGUGUUCUGGAAGCUAUCAUCACCAUGGCUAAACUGUAUCUUGGCUUGCAGAGAGAUAUGUUUGUCAACUGUACAGUACAGCAAUCCCAGCAGAUGGUAGAUUUGGGCAUUGACUAUAUGGUACAAGCAGCUGAGGCUGGGGAGAGAAAUGCUAUGAUAUUUAUGGCCAGAGCUUUUGAAACUGGGGAAAACCUUGGUACUAAAAGGUCAAUCUCUUGGGAAGAUGCAGUUCACUAUUACCAGUUGGCCAUUGAAAGGAACGACCACGAUGAAGGGGGUGAGUUUGAUUCCACCAUGGCAGACCCUGUCCAUCAAUUAUUGGCUCAGCAGGCAGAAAUGUACCGAUCUGGCGGACAUGGAUUGGAUAAGGAUCCCCAGAAAGCUGGAGAUCUGUACAAUGAAGCAGCAGAGGCAGCAACAGCAGCUAUGAAAGGCCGCCUGGCGAACAAGUAUUUUAUGUUAGCUGAAGAAUGCUAUGGGGAAAUGGAGGAAAUAGAAUAGUUUGCUAGUAUCUGAUGGGACAGAUGUCAAGUGAGGUAGCCAUUCCUUGUUAGCUGUGAAUGUGGCUCUUUCAAUAUAGGUUCAUCGGAAUGAUCUCAGUCAGCAUCACUUCAUUUAUUUAUCUUUAACAGUACUCAGUUUGUUAAGAUUGAUACCCUCAUUGUGUUGUUUUAACAAAAUAUACAAUACAAAAAAAUCUUUAAAAAAAAAAAUGAUUGGGUGUGUCAGAAGUACUAAGCAACUUUGUUUUGGUAGCUGUUUAUUGCUAUGCAUUCCCUCAUACUCUUUAUAUUUAUCUGAAACCUUGUCAUUUGUAUGCUAUAAACGAGUUAUUUCAGUGCCUUUGGUCAUGUACGAUGGGGUGCAUGUUCUCUGCAAAAAAAAUGUUUUUGUUACCAAUGUUUUACCAUUUCAACAAAGAUCAAAUAAAACGAACCUCAAUCCUAAUUGUUUGAAUUGAACACAUUCUCAAUUACUUUCUGCUCAAGGAAUGUUUUCUCACGUUUUUUUUUUUUUUAUUAAAAAAUUUUUUUGUAAUUAAAAAUGUCAGAUGUUUCGAUUGGAGCACUGAAAUUCUCCUCAUGUCUAGCUUUUGUUAGUAGCCUACAUUAUUUACAUUGGUAUUGCUGCACCCAUGGCUGACUUAGGGCACUGACCUUAAAUCUCUUUUCAUUUGAAUCUGUUAAUCUUCCCAUUUGAAGGGAUGUCUGUAAAUUUAUAAGAAAACAGAGAAAGAAAUAUGGAUUAUCUGUAUGAAGUUUCAUGAGUUGUUUGUAAAUGGUUUUGAUUCCUAAGACUUGUGUGAGUUCUUGUGUUUUAGUACUUUUCUUGACGAUUAAAAACUAGUUCAUUUUACAUUAAGUCUUAUUUGGUGAUUUUAAUUUAAUUCAAAACUGUUUGGCAUUAUUAUUAAGAAUUUCUUGAAACUAACUUGUUUAAAAAAUUUGUGUUUCUGGCAAAGCAUUUUGUUUUUCCUAUUAACAUGUUUCUUGACAUUUAGGAUUUCUAAUUGAGGUUUUAUUGUUUCACACGAGUUGCAUGUGAGAACUUGAUCCAUUUACAAUUUUAAAACAUAUAUUGCUGUGGUUUAAAGCUGGUUUUCUACUUUGUAUACCAAUUAACUAUUUUUUUUAAUUGCCAUAAUUUCAAUUUGUACUUUUAUAAAAACUUAUUGUCACUAUCAUAGCGCAAUAAUAACAUCAUUUACAAAUCAAAAGUAGAUGACGAUAAAAUAAUUUUAUUGGUGUAAUUGGACUAAUUGUCCACCUGAGCAUUAACUGUACAAUAGUAGUGGUAUUUAGUAGAAUUAGAAAAAUACUUUUCACCUGAACUAUGUUUUUGUGGCACUAUUGCUCAGUCCAGUUACAGAAAUUAUUUUACAUUUAUGUUUAGACCUCAUUUAUCACAGAUGCCAUAGUUGUGUUUUUUUUUUUUUUUAUUUAUCUCAUUCAUAAUAAACUAACAAAAAAAUGUAUAUAUAUCCUUCUCUAUAUGCUUAUACCAAUUUAUGCAAAUUUUUUUUGUUUUUUUUUUUUUGUUUCCUAUUUUGUUGUAGUUAUGCAUAGCUCAAUUGAAUUUCUAUGCAUAUUUCUCUAUUUUGUUCUAAAUAUUUUUUUAGCUUUGUGAUAAGUUACUUAGAGUUUACUUUGAUCAUUUUCAUUUUUAUUUCAUUCUAUUCAACUUCACAAUAAUAAGGAUUCAUUUUUUUUUCUCUCACACUUUUCUAAGGUUAUCUGUGAUAAAUCGAAAUGAUAUUUUCAAAGUCCACUUACCUUGAAGGAUUUGUCUCAGAAUUAUUACACAUGAUUGAAUUAUGGCAUAAAAAAAAAAUCACCUUUCAUAAUAAUGAAAAUCUCUUGAUAUAUUCAUCUUUCUAUAUUCUGUAUAUCUCUUCAUGAAACAAAAAAUUCUUUAUUUUGUUAUCUUUUUUUAUUAUGUAAAUACUGUUGAACAUUGUAAAGUUUGUACAUAGAUUGACUAUGCUACCAUUGUUAACACUUGUCUCACACCUACAGUAGCUAGAGAAGCAGCAGGAACCCUGUUUGAAAUUUAAAUUAACAGUGAAGAAGAAAAUUAAUGCUUUUAUAAAUAUUUUUUUUAAUUUUUGGGGUAGUUAAAUCGAGACCAGUGACAUGGCAAUGAGCUAUUGGUCUAAACUGUUCACUGUUAAUAUAUUUUUGCAUUAAUUAUUUAAGAUUUGGGUCUAACAUGAAAUAAAGAAUCUGGGGGCUUACUUCUUUGCAGUGUAUUGUCUGUUGUGCGAUGAUUUCAUUUUAUCUUGCUUUUUUUUGCGUCUUUCUGUUUUAAUUUUUAGUUCCAGCUUUGCUAUCCAUCACUUUGGCACUAAUGCCUAUAGCUAUAGCUUAUGUUGUUAUUAAAAGGGUUCAAACUAUUUGGCAUACCACAUUGAUCUGUCCCAAAGAUGAUUUCCUUCCAUUUGAUUGCUAAUUUUAUGGCUUAAGAAUCAAAUCUUUUCCAUUUGUAGUUUAGUUUUUGUAUGUGGUUUAUGGGAUUUUCUUGUCAUUUCAGAUGAAUAAUGAAAUCAUUGAGUGUGACUAUGUUUUUGUAAUCUCAGCUCUAAGGUGUUCCAUGUUUUGUAAUGAUGCAAUAUAUAUGUUGUGGUGUAUUCAUUCCGGUGAUUUCUUAGCACUAGUGGCACUGUUAAGUUUAACAGGGGCGCUGGGAGGUAUCCUCGCUCAACAGGGCUGGUACCAUCCUCACUCCGCCACCUUAUAAUUAUUUGUGGAUGAUUUUAUUGUAUUGUUUAUAUAGUAAAUAGUAUUGUAUUUCCACCUCCGAGCCCAUCACUACAACAAAGACAAGAGAAACUUUUUGUUUUGUAGGAUUGAUGUUUGGUUUUGGUAAGCUUAAGUUUCUUCCAUAAUAAAUAGUAUUCUGUUGGUCUGUUUUUAUUACACGUUCAAAUGUAUGGAUUCACAUUAUAUUUCAACAUCUUCAUUCUUUUCUUGUUACAUGUCUUUAAUUUUGGCUAGAUGUGUUAUCGUUUUAAACAAACUUUUUAGUUGAUUUCAGUUACAACUUUUGCUUGCAUAUAUCGUCAAUAAGUAUUAUCACAUGGAAAAUUAGUAAUUUCCUAUUUCCAAAAAAAUUUAAAUAAGGGGCUUUUUGCAAUCUGUGUUUUUUCUUGUUAUUUUUUUAUGUAUUUUUUUUAAAUUUAAGUUAGCAUUUUCUUUAAAAGAAUUCUAUCUAUAUUGUUAAGAUGUAGUCUUAGUGAUAGAAAAGAUUAGAGAGAAAAUAUUUUGAGGACAUGUAAAAUAGAUUCUCUUCUAUCGACUAAUUAUCUUUUCACUAAUGACAUGACAAAAUUGCAUGGAAGAUUUGUUGUUGUUACCAACUUGACUGCAGCAUAAUUAACUAGUGUUACUGCACAAUAUGAAUGUGAACAAAUCAGUUACUAGAUCAAUAGUUUGAAGAAACUGAAAGCUCGACGAUAAAAUGAAUUUAGGUUGUAGGUGAUCUAAAUAUAACAUUGCUUGCCGACAGGUUUUUACAUAGCUGUCUAUAUUUAUAUACCGUUGCUUUUUUUUUUUUUUUUUGUAUGGUGUUAGGUCUCAGUCAACUGAAGUCAACUUGAAACUUAUGACUUUAUUUACUAAUUUGUUUUUUUUUUUUUUUUUUUUUUUUUUUCAUUUUUUUUUUCAUUUUUUUUUUUUAGUGUUAUUGAGUUUCUUGUUGUUUUGUUUUUUUCUUUCAACCUUCCAUUCUGAUAUAGGCCUGUGCUUUCUUUUCAUUGGUUUCCAGCAGGUGAUUGAAGUUGUAUCAUUGGAUUGACUGAAAUGUCAUUAUAACUAAAACCUGCCUUUCAAAGUGUCAGUUAAUUGUGUAAUCUCGGCUCAUCUGUUUUUUUUUUUUUUUUACGAAGCUUAUAUUAACUUUGUCUGUCUGAUGAAAGGUUUGUACACGUAAUUUCUCACACACCUAAUGUCAGAUGAAGCUGAAAUUUUGCACAAUUUUUUCUUUUAUCCGACAAAACAAAAUUCAAAUAAAAAAAAUUAACCGAUUAGCUAAUUAACUAUUGGUAAUUAAUUGUUUUGUUUGUUAUUGAGCAAGGGAAAGAAAUUGUACUUAACAGAUGUGGUAUAAGUUGAAUUAGUCCCCUUUAUACUUUGCAGAAAGAAAUAGGUCGUCGCAAUAAAAUUUGAAGCUAACAAUAGAUUACCAUGAAAGUUUGUGUUUUCAUAAGCCAUUCACUGGCACAGUGGUUAGUAUUUUUGCUUGAGGAGGCUUGAGUCCUCAAGUUUGAAUUCAGGUCUUUUUUAAACUUUUUUUUUUAAAUGAAUGCAUUUUAAAAGUGAUCACAAUAACAUUCACACAGAUACCCCCUUCUUUCUUCCCCCACAACUUUCCCAACUGGUCCAGACAAGUGAUAGGAUCAAAGCAUAUUGAGAAAUCUAAAAGCAUGAAAUUGCGGCUAAAAAAAGUGGGAGGGGGGGGGGGUAUUUCUUAUCUCACAAAUUUAUUAUUGCUAGUCUAGAUCUAUUAUAAAUUUAAUGACAUGGCUGAUCCAAACUAACUGAUGCAAUUACACUCAAUAGAUGCUUUGUGUUUUUUUUUAAGUAUUUUUUUUAUUUUCUUGUUUUUCUUUUAUAAAUGUUUACUUUGUAGUAUGUUAACAAUCUUUAAAGUGAUUUUUUUUUCUUACCCUGUUCUGUGAAAGGCCUAAAGUUUGCUUUUUUUAAAUCAAAGCUCAUUUCUUUAUUUUGAUUGAAUUGAUUUGAAACCACAAAUAUAUUGUAAUCAAAGAUAUUUUUCAUUUAUGUUUAACCUUUUGGUUUUAAUUAUUUUAUGAUAUUUUUAUAUUCAAUAUUUUAUUGCCCGAUUCUAGCUUUUGUUAAAAACAUCAACACUGGUUAGCUAUUCUGUUGUUGUUUCUAGAGAACUGAUGAAACUGAAAUGAAUCAUUUCGUCAGGCUUUGUUGUUUCAGCUUUUUGUGUGUUCUAAAAAAAAUCCAACCAAAAACUCUGGCAUUAGGCUGGCAUACUUAUGGUAUUAGGGUUGUCAAAUGUGAAGUUUUUGUUACUUUUUAUUUUGAUUCUUAAUUGAAACCAUUUAAUCUUUAACCCUUUCUUCAUGUUUAUCUCAUUCACAUUAACUUUUGUUGUUUUUUUCUGCAUGGUAUUUACUAGCUACAUACCCAAUAUAUACAUUGAAGCCAAUCAGCUUGAAUGUUUUUCCCCUACAAUGUUACAUCCCACAUCAUGAGUUGACUGACUUUCUAAUCUAAUAAAUGGCAUCUCUCCAAUGGUGUUAGUGUUCACUUGAAGUUGACAUCAAUGUUUGUUAACUUUUCUAUUUACACUGUAUAUUUUUUUAUUUGGUUUGUUUCUUAAUUGUUUAUUUCUGAAAUAAAGGUUGGAUUUAUUUCACUUG